UAAUUUAGGGCCCUAACAAAUUGUGAAGAAGCAUUUGGAUCACGAUCCAUUACUACCCUUGGAUGGCAAUAGAGCUUAUUUGAUGCAUGACAUGCCAUGUUGAUUGCUUUAGCCCAAAUGUAUUACUCGCAUUAUACUAUCUUAGCAUUGAGCUUGAGUAUCCUAUUCUUCAUCUUAAUAAGGCGCUUUUUUGUGGAGUGUACUUGACAGAAAACUCGUGCUUGAUGCCUAGAUCAUCACACAACUCAUAAACUCAUAUGAUUAGUAAGGAUUGGAAUCCUCCAAUUCACGAUUAAGGUGUUUACUACGUAAUUUGACCCCGGCGUGUCGGAGCCCGUAUUGCAUGACCCAACCGAUGCAUUCAGGACCUAGACCUAUAUGUAAAUGCAUUGCCGUCGACGUGAGAGGAAGCUUGAGCGCGCCCAGACCGAAGGUCCGUGCGCUGCCCGGCUGCAUGCUCAUCCGCAGUUCCGCACGGGCCGGCUACCGGCGCUGCGACAAUCAAGGGGAUGUCGCCGCGUGGCAGCGUCGGCGGCGGGUGCUUGUCGCCGUCACUAGUGUUGCAAAACAUGUUAUUACAUUAUGGGCUGAGCCCGCCCUUGUCCGCCGGCCUGCGCCGAGCCGCUGGAGCCGCGCCCGUGCGCGCUGGUGAGCCACUCCCGCGCCGACAGGGCCAGGGGCCGCCGCGCCUGUGCCCAAGGCCGCCAUGGCCACCGCUCCUGGUCGGGCCGCCCACCGGCGAGUCGGGGCUGGGGCCCGCACGCGCCUGGCCGAGGCCGGGGAAGGAGGCCACACCCGCCGCUCCUGGCCGGGCCACCCGCUGGCGAGCCGGGGCUGGGGGCUGCGCCAGCCGCAAGAGACCGCGCCAUGGCCGGGUCUGGCCCAUCGCCGGGGCCGAAGCGCUCGGCUGCUCAGGCACGAGCACCGCGCGAGGCCGCGCUGUGGCCUGCCUGUGCGCCCGCGUGGCAGCGGCUGGCGCACCCGCGAGGCGGCGGCGGUGGCGGCGCCCUGCUGCUGGUGGAAGAGAGAGAGGGCCGCGACAAGAAGAGUUAGGAAACCCUAACUGCUUGCCCACCUCCUAUAGGCCGCAAAUGGGCUGGCUGUUUUGGCCCAUUUCGACAAGGACUAUUUUUUGGCUGAAUAUAUUUACAAUUAUUAUCAUCACUGUAUCUAUAUUUAAAUAUUUAGAUUGUUGAUGAUAUAUGUAAUUGUACGUACUUGUCUGGUUUCAUAAUGUAUAUUGCAGACUCGUUCAUGAA